UGCGGGGCGGCCGGGCCGGGAGCGAGCGGGGCCGGCCAGCCCUGCCUGCUUUAUAGAAUAUUUUUCAUCGCUUGGAUGCUUCAUUUUGAGGCAGUGACCCGAGCAGGAGCUGAGCUGGUCCCUUGGUUCAGUUUUGGGGCUGGGGACACAGCCCAGGUGUGCAGGAGGAGCAGGCACCCUCUCCCCCCGAGUCCCACCCAGGCCGAUGUCCCCGCUCUGAGCACACCCAGAGCGUCCCCUCGGGGCCCGGCUGCGGGGCACGAUGAGGAUCGUGGUGGCCAAGGUGCUGUGCCUGCUGGGCAUCUGCGUGCUGCUGCUGGCCGGGGCGCUGCUGCCCGUGCGCCUCAUCGAGGCCGACCACGAGAAGGCUCAGCGCUCCCGCCGCCUGCUGGCGCUCUGGAACUCCUUCGGGGGCGGCGUCUUCCUGGCCACGUGCUUCAACGCGCUGCUGCCCGCCGUCCGGGGCAAGCUCGAUGAGGUGCUCAGGCAGAACAACGUGAGCACGGACUACCCGGUGGCCGAGACCAUCAUGAUGGUCGGCUUCUUCCUUUCCGUCUUCGUGGACCAGCUCUUCCUGAGCCUGCAGAAGGAGAAGCCGUCCUUCAUCGACCUGGAGACGUUCAACGCGGGCUCGGACGCGGGCAGCGACUCGGAGUACGAGAGCCCCUUCAUGGCGGCGCCGCGCGGGCGCGCGCCCUACGGCGAGCACGGCCUGCACCCGCCCGGCCUGCACCUCCCCGAGCUGGCGCGCUGCGGGCCCCGCCGCCUGCUGGGGCUGGUCUUUGCCCUCUGCACCCACUCCAUCUUCGAGGGCUUGGCGCUGGGCCUGCAGGAGGACGGCAGCAGAGUGGUCAGUCUGUUCCUGGGAGUGGCCGUGCACGAAACGCUGGUGGCCGUGGCUUUGGGCAUCAGCAUGGCCAAGGCGUCGCUGGCGCUGAGGGACGCGGCCAAGCUGGCGGUGGCCGUGUGCCUGAUGAUCCCGCUGGGCAUCGGGGUGGGCAUGGGCAUCGAGAGCAGCCGCAGCGCCGCGGGCGGCAUCGCCUCCCUGCUGCUGCAGGGCGUCGCCGGCGGCACCUUCCUCUUCGUCACCUUCUUCGAGAUCCUGGCCAAGGAGCUGGAGGAUAAAAGCCACCGGCUGCUCAAGGUGCUGUGCUUGGUGCUGGGUUACGCCGCGCUGGCCGGGCUGGUGCUCGUGCCGUGGUGAGCCGGGAGCCUCAGGAAGCCAAAGGAGCAAAACCUCACCUCUCCCCUCCCACGGCGCCGGGAGGAGCCGCCCCUUUCACCGCUGGAACAGCCCAAGCCGGGCGGAGUUUCCGUGAUGACCUGCAGGAGGAGAAAUCUCUUCCCGUGUGCUCAGAGUGAGGAAUAUCCCGAGGGAUUGUCCCUGCCCGAGCGGCUGCAGGGAUUAGCGGACACAAACGUUGAGGAUCUGGGUAAAUUCUGCUCCCAAGAGCUCCUGGAAUGUGUGUGUGCCUCCCUCCCUCCCUUCGGCCACGCUCCGGAGGCUCCGAGGAGGAGCUGAGGAACAGCCAGGAGUGGAGGCAGAGCAGGAAUUGCCAGGCUGCACUAAGCUGCUUUCGCUGGCUUAGUUGGGAGUAAAACCUGGUUGUAAGAGCUGCCAAAAAUAACAUCCCUGUGGGGCUCUGGCCUUCCAGGCCCUGCUGCCUCCACACAGCUUCCAGUGCCCCACCUGGGGCUGGGGGAGCUCAGCUUUUCCAGGGAUUCAUGGAAGAAAUGAGGCCGGGCCCCUCUACCCUGCUUCCUUCUCAGUGUUGUGCCCAUAGGCUGAGCAUUCCCUAAGGAAAACCUCUGAAAAUCAGAGGAUGAAUCCCAGCAUGGUUUGAGCUGGGGAGGACCUUAAAGCCUGUCCAGUGCCAUGGGCAGGGACACCUUCCACUGUGCCAGGGUGCUCCAAGCCCUGUCCAGCCUGGCCUUGGACACUUCCAGGGAUGCAGCAGAUCCUCACCUUAUCCAGAGCCUGGAAUCCAUGAGCUUGCAGGAAACGGGCAGUAACAAUUCCCAGCACUGAUAUUUUGGGACAAACUCUUUGUGUUUUCAGUGCUGUGCAGUCAGGAGCGCUGAGCUGCUCCCAUCAGGGGCUGCUCCAAGGCAAAUCCAGGUUUCCAAAGGAAUGGAAUGAUGCUGAGAGGAGUGGAGAUGAUGCUGAGAGCCACGAGGAGCCCCUGGGAAGCUCCUGAUCCCGCUGGAUUUGCCUUUGGGAGCGAGGAGCUGGGAUCAGAGGCUGGAGCUGGGAAUGUGCUUCCCCCAGCUGUGAAACAGCCUGGCUGUGUUUUGGGGCAAACUCUGGGUUUUCAGUGCUCUGCAAUCAGAGGGGCUGCUCCAAGGCUUUUCCAGGUUUCCAAAGGAAUGGAAUGAUGCUGAGAGGAGUGGAGAGCCACGAGGAGCCCCUGGGAAGCUCCUGAUCCUGCUGGAUUUGCCUUUGGGAGCGAGGAGCUGGGAUCAGAGGCUGGAGCUGGGACUGUGCUCCCUCCCAGCUGUGAAACAGCCUGGCUGUGUUUUGGGGCAAACUCUGGGUUUUCAGUGCUCUGCAAUCAGGGGGGCUGAGCUGCUCCCAUCAGGGGCUGCUCCAAGGCAAAUCCAGGUUUCCAAAGGAAUGGAAUCACCUCCCUUCUGGUGGUGAUUGGAGAUGAUGCUGAGAGCCACAAGGAGCCCCUGGGAAGCUCCUGAUCCCGCUGGAUUUGCCUUUGGGAACAAGGAGCUGGGAUCAGAGGCUGGAGCUGGGACUGUGCUCCCUCCCAGCUGUGAAACAGCCUGGCUGUGUUUUGGGGCAAACUCUUUGUGUUUUCAGUGCUCUGCAAUCAGAGGGGCUGCUCCAAGGCUUUUCCAGGUUUCCAAAGGAAUGGAAUCUCUGCAAUCAGGGGGGCUGAGCUGCUCCCAUCAGGGGCUGCUCCAAGGCUUUUCCAGGUUUCCAAAGGAAUGGAAUCACCUCCCUUGGGGUGGUGAUUGGAGAUGAUGCUGAGAGGACGAGGAGCCCCUGAUCCUGCUGGAUUUGCCUUUGGGAGCGAGGAGCUGGGAUCAGAGGCUGGAGCUGGGCCUGUGCUCCCUCCCAGCUGUGAAACACAGCCUGGCUCAGGCAGGGGCUGCAUUUUAAUUACCCGGAGCUUUGGCUGCUGCAGCAGCCGGGCCGGGCCCUGGGAGCGCUGAUGGAAUUGUGGGGAUGGCGCAGCGCCGGCAGCGGGAAGGAGGCGCGGAGCCUCCGCGGUGGCCCAGCUGCAGCAUAUGGAGGCAGCUGAGCAUCAUCUGACAGAUCCUGGGGCUCGUUAGUUUAAUUGCUGCAACAUCCCCGAGUCAAUUAAUCUUCCUUUGAAAACCUGGAGUGGAAAGGGGGGGGUGUGGAGGGAGGUUAUUUUGGGCCUGGCAUGACACAAAGCAGCAGGAUGAGAGGAGAACGUGAUUUGCCUCGGCGUGGUGAAGCCUCGGGGCUGUUUCACCUCUCUCCUAGGGGGAGGUGACACGGUGCUGAGUGUCCCCUGUUGGGCUGUCACCUCCCUUCCACACCCUCCUCCUGCUGCGCUUUGGGAUGGGGGGCUGUGAAGUGCCAGGGGGUGCUGAGCUCCCCCAUCCUCAUCCCGCUGCCACAGGGUGGAGGAGGAGGAAGAGGAGGAGGCCCUGCUGCUCCCAAUAAAUUCCCUGCCCUUCUC